GCAGAACAAGACACCUAUAUUCUGGGGGAGUAGGGAAUUCUAAUUCCCCCCCAAACAAUCCACUUGCUCCUUUGAUGUUCCAGGCAUAAAACAUGAGAUUUUCUAAUUUAUACAAAAGAAACCCAACUCGGGCCAAAGUAACCUGCUUUCAAAAACAAGCACAUCUUUAGUCCAAAUAAUGGAAGCAACUUUCAUAGGCUUCUUCGACCCAGAGGGCCUGAGUUUUCUUUGCCUGCGUGUAGCACUUCCACCUGCACAAAGUGCUAGCAGCUUGGGAUGGUCCUGCUUUACAUUCACUUUGUUCAGUAGAGAGAUGCCUAUGUAGAGAGAUGCACCAGGCAAGAGAGAAUCAGUCUCGCCAGUUUUAUACUUGACAUGUCAACUUUAUUUCCAAGUGACACAUCUGAUCACAGACUUUGCCAAGUUUAGCCUCCUCUUGGCCUGAGAAGCACAGAGCACGCAACUCCAAACUUUUAUGACGCAUUUCUUUUUACAACUGAACAGCCCUCCUCUGGCAGAAUACAAUGAAUCUAAAUCCUGUUGGAGACUGGGAUUGGCUAAAAUAACUGCACUGUUAUCAAAAAAAGAAGUCAUCACAGAGAACAGAUGUUUGCUGAGAUCUCCUUGUCCAGGACUUCCAGGAAGCGCAAUAUUCACAAAAAUGAUAGCACAAUUAAUGUAAUUAGUCUCCUGAGUUUUCCUCUGCAGAACAUUCAGGAUCUAGAAAAGAUUUGAAUCCACUCCUGGCUGUGGCUCUGCUUGGCAAUAGGACUAGUGAAACUAUGGAUACUGGAUUAACAGGAAUUGGCCCUCUCAGAGGGAUUCUCUGCAUAUUUAUUUCGCUAAGAGAAAUAAUCUGAGCUCCAGGUUUUUAUUCUGAUCUCGAACAGCUGCACAAACUGAAAGUAAAAAGCGCAUAGCAACAAUGGCAUAAGAGUGCAGCAGUUUUCCUGAGCUAGUGCAUCCACCUCCAAGGUAUCUUUGGUUCAAAACGCUGCUCUGAUGUCUACAGAGAACACAGUCCUGUCUAGACACUGAACCAAAUACUGAGCCUGGAAUACAGUCCUUGAUGGAGCCUCCUUCUGAGCAGCUGUGGCUAUUGAGAAAAACAAUGACAGAAUGUGAAGGGACGGCAGGAAUGACUGACGCUGCAGGAGGAGCUGGUAUCCAUUAUAACAGGCCUUGACCACCAGUUGGCACUCUGUGUGCCUGGGAGCGCAGCAUGAUUAGAAUUGGGAAGAAGAGACUUUGGGCAUCUUUCUUCUGCUUUAUGGCCUUCUUUUUCCUUCUUGUUACGAUCCAGGUGGUUCUUGAACUGGGCAAGUCUGAAAGGAAGAUAAAAGUCUCCAGUUUACAAGAUGGUUCAUUAAAACUGGAGGAGCAGCAGAAACAUGCAUAUCAGUUUUUUAAUAAACAGGAACUCUACAGCAAUACCAGGAGAGUUUUAGAUGCGGACAGAUACCCUAUCCUGCUUUGGUGGUCCCCGCUGACUGGCGAGACUGGGAGAUUAGGUCAAUGUGGACCGGAUGUCUGUUUCUUUACUAUCCAGAGGACCUACCAGCAUAAUCACAUGACAAAAGCCUUUCUCUUCUAUGGUACUGACUUUAAUAUAGAUAGCUUACCCAUCCCUCGUAAACGCCAUCACGACUGGGCCCUUUUCCAUGAAGAGUCGCCCAAAAACAACUACAAGCUCUUCCACAAACCUACCAUCACCUUGUUCAACCAUACAGCUACCUUCAGUCGCCACUCCCAUCUGCCGCUGACUACUCAGUAUCUGGAGGGCAUAGAAGUCAUAAAGUCUCUGAGAUACAUGGUUCCAUUGCAAAAGAAGAAUAGCUUGAGAAAAGGACUUGCACCACUUGUGUAUGUGCAGUCCGAUUGUGACCCUCCUUCAGACCGGGACAGCUAUGUGCGUGAGCUGAUGAGCUAUAUCCAGGUGGACUCCUAUGGUGAAUGCUUACAUAACAGAGACCUUCCCCAGCACCUCAAAAACCCAGCCUCCAUGGACGACGGUAACUUCUAUAGAAUACUUGCUCAGUACAAAUUCAUUCUUGCUUUUGAAAAUGCCGUCUGCGAGGAUUACAUCACUGAAAAGCUUUGGAGGCCCCUCAAGUUGGGAGUGGUACCAGUGUAUUAUGGGUCCCCUAGCAUUAUGGACUGGCUUCCUAGCAAUAAGAGUGCAAUCCUUGUAACAAGAUUUUCACAUCCCAGGGAGCUGGCGCACUACAUCAAGGCACUGGAUACAAAUGACCAAGAGUAUGAGGCCUACCUAGAAUGGAAAAUGAAAGGGGCCAUUUCCAAUCAACGACUGCUCGCUGCUAUCCAAGAACGCAAAUGGGGAGUCCAGGAUAUCACGCAGGACAAUUAUAUUGAUGUGUUUGAGUGCAUGGUGUGUAAUAGGGUGUGGGAAAACAUCAGAAGGCACGAAAAGGGAUUGUCACCCAGGAGAUGGAACGCACAGGUUAACCACCUGAGCUGCCCGAAACCUGAGGCUUUCUUGUUCUCCUCUCCAAACAUACGCUGGACAUCUCUGCAAGAGAUGUGGAUACCAAGCUUUGAACAAUCCAAGAAAGAAGCCCAAGCACUAAGACAGCUGGUGGAAAGGAAUAUGAACUUUACAGCUCAGGAAUUUUGGACACUUGUAUUCAAAGAAGAACCCCGAUAGGCUGUCACACAGAGUGAGCUCCCCAAAGCAGUCAGUUAUGUAAUAUUCUUUUGCACAAUAUCUUAACAUCUGUAGGUCAGUAAGUACAGCAAGGAGUUAAAUUGUCCUGUAAGAUAGAAUGUAAUAGGUACAGUACUCAGUAAGUACUGAUAAACUACAGAAUUACCCUCAGCGAUCUUUAAAAAACUGUAUUUUUAUACUAAUUGUCAUUAGCUUGGACAUUUGAGCAUUAAGACCCCUACUCAGGAAGGUUCUUAAUGCACAUGCCUGACUUUAAGCAUAUGAGUAGUCCCAGUGAAGCUAAUGGGACCACAGUCACUUGCUUACGUAUCAGAGCCUUCCUUGCAGACCUAGCAGAAUCAGGCCCUUUGCCUUCUCUGAUCCAAGCUCCCACAUCGUUGGGUUGACAUUCACAGGCUAUGGAAUAGUUUAUACAAUCACAUAGGUGUCACCUCUGUGGCAGAGUGCCUUUGAGGCAGGUGUAGCGAUCAGGCCUGCUGCUCAGUAUGUCUAUUUAUCAUUAGUCCCCUUGGUAUUCACAGUUUUAGUUGAGACUUGGCAAGCUAAAACGUCCUGAGGCUGAGUAGGAAUGUAAAAUGCAUCAGUAUUUAGCACCGGGAAACUCCAUCUGCUACGGCCCGGGGAUAGAAAGAACAAAAAUUUCUGGGUAAGAUUUAACUACCAUCUCCUGUUCAAAACAUAGAACCGUAUGAAUUUUUGCCCUCCGGGGGGGGUCACUCCAGACUAAAUAAUUCUGUUUAUUCUGUGGUAAUCUGUUUUCUUUCAUGUAGUCAAUAAUAGCCACACAAAGAUGAAAAGCUGCGAUUGGGUGAAGCAGAGAUUAAAUGAAGGGCCUGAUCCUGCUGCAAAGCCUUACCUAUGUCAACACUAGAAAUGCUACAGUGGCACAGCUGCAACAGAGCUGUCACAGAGCUGAAGUGCCUAGCCCUCUAUAGGAACAAACCCAUGAAGCAUAUCGGAUAUCAAUGGGUAUGUCUACACUGCAAAAAUAACGCCCCCAAACCAAACCAAAUCAAAACUGUGCAAUAAGUCUCAGAGCCUGAGUCAACUGCAGGAGUUGCACUAUGGGGCUCAAAAUAGCAGAUGAGGCGUUCCCGCUCAGUCUGGAGCCCAGACUCUGAGACCAGCC